AUGCACGGUACGGUGGAGCGAAACGGUUGCGCGCCGCAGCACGGAAACAUCUCUAACAUCUUUAACCUGGCGAUAGAUCAGUUCCAUGAACCGCUUCCGCCGCGGCUUCUUCCGUCUCGGGUUGCUGGUUGCAGAAAUUCCUUAGCCGGCCACCGGGGCCGGCUCAAGAAUGCAGACGCGGCUGAUGCCUUGAUAGCUUAA